UAGAUAUAUAUCCCAUUUCGAAGCAUUGGUGUUUUUAUUUAGUUCCCAGAAAUUCGUUCGCUCGACACUCGAUAAAAAGUUUUGGUUUUCGGUUUUUGUUUGGAAUUCGGUUGUGUUUUUGCCAAGAAUACGAUGGCCAGUGCUCAAGGAAAAGGCGGAGUGGAGGAGAACCCCAAGAAGGAGCAGAAGCAGCAGGAUAAGCCGAAGGAGCAGACCAACGGUGAGAAGGAAAAGGACACCACCAAUGGGCCGGCGGCAGCAUGCCCGCGACACAGCCGCCAUCCGCUGGAGAACGUGUGGACCCUGUGGUACUUGGAGAACGAUCGCAGCAAGCACUGGAAGGACAUGCUCACCGAAGUCGCGAAGAUCGACAGCGUGGAGACCUUCUGGAGCCUGUACUACACCAUCCGGCCGCCAUCGGAGCUGAAGGUCGGAUGCGACUACUCCAUGUUCAAGCUGGGCAUCAAACCCAUGUGGGAGGACGAAGCCAACAGCAAGGGCGGCCGCUGGCUGAUCAGCGUCAACAAGAACUCCAAGGCCGAACUGGAUCGCCUCUGGCUGGAGAUACUCCUCAUGAUGACGGCGCGCAUCUUCGAGAACUCCGAGGAGAUCUGCGGGGCAGUGAUCAAUAUUCGAUCCAAGAACAAUAAGAUCUCCGUUUGGACUGCCAACGGGAGCAACGAAGCAGCCAUUCUGGAGAUUGGCCAGAAGCUGAAGCUGUUCCUCCGCCUGCAGUCGAACAAUCUGCAGUACCAGCUGCACUCGGACGCCAUGUGCAAGUCCAAUUCGAGCGUCAAGUCGAUCUACACCGUCUAAGAGAAGACGACACUCAGAUAUCUUUCGAUGUAAGGGCCAAAAUUGUUAGCGAGACUUAAGUAUUACAAAUUAAACGAAGAAAUGCCAGACAAUUGUUUAAAA